AUGUCGACGAAGGUCAGCCAAGCACAAUACACCGUCGCCAUUGUGGGUGCAACUGGAGACCUAGGCAAGUAUGUUACCGCGGUCUACUUGAGCGACCAGUAUCGCACCCACUUUUCAAAGGUAAUCGCCGUCGUGAGAGACCCGGAGUCUCCAGGCGCACGUAAGCUGGCGGAAGCGGGUGCGGAACUACGCCGAGUUGACGCAGCGAACGCUUUGUCUUCCUUCACUCGCGCUUUCUCCGGCGUCGAUGUGGUCGUAAACACCGUUAGUAAUGCUCCGGUGAGAUACCACGACGCACUCUUCGACGGGGCCCUGCAAAGUGGUGUCAAGGUCUACUUCCCGUCGGAAUUCGGCUUGGACUACAAGUAUGCCGAUCUUUCAGGAUACGGGAAGUCCGUUUGGGAUGAGAAGGCUCGGCACGUCUCCCGCGCGCGGAAGCUUGCUCAAAACAAAGUGAAGAUAAUUGAACUUGAUGUCGGCAUGUUCAUUGAAUACGUCCUAAUUCCAUGGUUUGGCUUUGAUGCAACGAACUUGACCUUCGCAUUCGCGGGUUCGCCUGAUAGCAAGAUCACGGUCACGAGUAAAGUGGACAUCGCUCGUGCUACGGCGCGGCUCUCCUUGCUCGCCCUGUCACAGGACACCGCUGUCCCAUUCGAGGGGGUCAUACGCGUUGCAGGCCAGCAUGUGAGCUACCGCCAGAUUGCGGAUGCCGUCGAACGCGUUAGAGGGGAAUUCGGCAUCGAGCCAAAGAAGGUCACAUUGAAAAUCACGGAUCUGGGGCCGUACAAGGCCACCACUCGAGAAGAGGAGAUUAGGACUGGGACACCUGAUCUUAAUAAACUCAUCAAGAUCUUGAUCGGGGAGGGCAAAGUCGACUACUCGCGUAACAAUCACAACGAACUGGUGAACCCAGGGGAAAAGCUGUGGAAGUGGAAGAGUGUGGAGGACCACCUUCUAUAUCAUUGGAACUACCUAUUCCUGCAUGAUUCCGCCAUAGUCGGCUUUGAUACGAAGAACCUGACAUACACGGCGGUUGGUUCACUUGAUGCCAAGACCGCCACAACAACCAAGGCGGAUAUUGGGCGUGCCCUCGCGGAACUGUCGCUCCUCGCGCUGUCGCCAGAACUGGCCUCGCAGGUUCCGGACGACGUGCAUAUCGCGGGAGAUAACGUGAGCUACCGGGACGUACAAGGCAUCGCCCACCGCGUGCGCGAUGAGCUGGGCCUUAACAAGGGUGACAUAGUGCUGAAGAGCGAGGAUCUGGAGGCAUACAGGGCGACGGUGCGCGAGGACCAGCUCAAGAAACCCGCGCCUAGCCCGUUGAGGCACAUCAGGAUUCUCAUCGCAGAGGGAAAGAUGGAUUUCUCGAAGAAUCACAAUGAGCUGGUCAAUCCCGGUCAGAAGGUCUGGAAAUGGGGGACCGUUGAGGAAUUCAUUCGCGCAAAGGGCAGCAAGUUCUUCGAUCGUGAAGACUCUAGCGCUAAAAUGCAGCCCUCAAUUGAACAGCUGCAGCUCAUCAAUGUCGAACUACAGCGUAGAAAGGUAGACGCUGAAAGGGACCGGGACCUCUUCAGGGACCUCUAUGGCAAGGCGUCCGCGCACGCGGGCGAGGUCUCGAAGGAGAACAACGAGCUUCAGGAGCGGCUGGUGAUCGCGGAGGGUCAGGUACGCGAUGGACUCAGCAUGCUGAAGGGGACAUACGAGGAGCGCGUGAGGCUGCUCGAGGCAGAGGUCGCAAAAUGGAAGGCGCAAUGCGAGUUGCUCGUGUCGCGCGACCAGAGAACAGAUGACGAGGUGCGGCGGCGCGCGGCACUGGAGCCCGAGUUAAGGGAAGAGAAUGAGAGGUUGAGCCACUUGCUGGAGGCGCUGCAGAAGGACUACAGUCGCAUGGAGGGCGAAUUGGCAGCGCUUGGAGAGAAGGAGCAGCCUGAGACGGACGGUGUACUUCCGGCGCCGAUCGUCUCGACAGUCCACACCGCCACCGUGGCAUUCAUGUGA